AUGGCGCUCUUCGUCCCCGCUCGGCGCCGUUCCGCACUCGCGGCUGCUCUCGCGAUGGCGGCAGUUUUCGGCCUUUGCGCGCAGGUGAGCUCCGCUGCAGAUUUCGUGACGGGCCUUCCGGCCGUGCGAGCACGAAAGCCAACCGUGAACAUGCAAUCCAAGGUGGACGACAUCGUAGAAGAUCUCAAGGGCUUGACGCUGCUUGAGGCCUCAGAGUUGGUGAAAGCCAUCGAGGAGACUUUCGGCGUGGACGCUUCCGCUUCGGCAGGCGCAGUUGUCAUGGCGGCCCCCGGCGCAGGUGGCGGGGGAGAAGCUGCUGAGGCAGCAGAGGAAAAGACAGAGUUUGAUGUGGUGCUGAAGGAGGUGCCGAAGGAGAAGAAGAUCGCCAUCAUCAAGGCCCUGAGAGCCAUCACUGGCCUCGGCUUGAAGGACGCCAAGGGCUUGGCUGACAACCCCGGCAAGUUCAUCGAGGGGAAGCCGAAGGAGUUCUGCGAAGAUGCCGUGAAGCAGCUCGAGGAAGCUGGUGCCAAAGCGGCGAUUGAGUGA